ACUGCGCAGUGCGCACAACACGGCUCCGUCUGGAGAAUACAACGGCAAUUCUGGGAAUCCCGUUCGGUUCCCUCAGUUUCGACACCCCGUUUAGACGGCCAUUAAACCACAUACUUCAGUGUGAUCAGCCUACACUUUAAUGGAUAUAACUGAGUGAUCUUGAAGACACUGGGAUACUAACAAAAUAUCAAGGUGUUAUUGCUGUUCACCAGGUCUUGGUUGUGUUCUGCUCUCUCAGUAAGCACUACAGCGGAGUGCUGGUUUGGUCAGUAUGCAGGUCUGGUUGCCUUUGGCUCUGUUGCUGAGCCUGGGGGUUACACACUCUCUCGGACAGAACGCGGUUGGUGAACUUCCCGUGCCCCGUGGUUUAAUGCUUCAGGCGGAUUUACCUGCACAGACUCUUUUUCUGACGUGGGAAAGUGACUCAUCGCUUUUCGACAUUGAGAUUUUCCACACUGAACUCAUGAAUGUGGUGUUAAAUGAGACAGUGGCAGUUCAAUCAAAUCCUGCAACAGGACAACAUGGUUGGAGCUGGCACUCGCCAUUACCAUUGGAGUGCACCUCUCACUCUGUGCUCAUCAGGGCGCGAAAUCAACAAUCAGUUAGCCAGUGGAGCCCCCUUCAGACCAUUCCAGGGUCUGAUAUUCCUGAGAAGUCUGGACCUCAGAUGUUUCCUCAGGAUAAGCUGGUAGCUGUGGGCAGCAACAUGACCUUCUGCUGUAUUGUUGGUGAGAGGCAGGACUUCAGCAAAAUCCUGUACAAGGGACAGGAGAUGAGUGCCACGCGUUUGAGCAGAAGAACUUAUGCCAUCACUGUAACCAAUCAGCCGCCGUCUGGCAACACGGGCACCAAUGUGGUCUGCAGCUCCCAAAUGCAGAUCCUCACUGGAGCGGUGGUGUUUGUUGGCUAUCCGCCAGGCGAUGAGGGUUUGGUUUGCGAGAAUCGGGACCUGGCAUCCGCAGAAUGUUCUUGGAAGAAAGGACGGGACACUCACUUGAGAAAAAAGCUCAGCCGCACUAACUAUACCCUUAAUGGAAGGGAUUGUUUGGAGGCUAAUGAAGGGAAGAUAUUCCGGUGUAACUGGACCAUGUGGGAGGGGAACUGGACUCUAGUGGCUCGAAAUCCUCUUGGAACAGUUCAGCUCACUGACUUCGCCCGUCUCACUGAUCGCGUACAUCUGUUGGCUCCAGUAAAUGUGACAGCAGUAGAUAUAAAGGCAUGGAAUGCCACACUGCAGUGGAGCUGGUCUAUAGCAGCAUAUAAAAAACUGAACAUGAUCUGCCAGCUGCAGCUCAUUGGCCAUGAACACGUAAUCACACGCAACUACAGCGGCAUGGGAUUAUCGUUUGUGGUGCUGGAGGGUUUGUGGCCAGAUAUCGAAUACACAGUGUCUGUGCGCUGUGGUUCUCUGCACAGUUUCUGGAAGUGGGGAGAUGAGAGCACCCCCUACAGGAUCCACACUAAAAUGGACCGUCCCGAAUCUCUGGAUGUAUGGAUCUGGAUGGACAGUGAAAACACAGGACAUGUUUUGUGGAAACCUCUGUCUGUGAGUGAAAGUCACGGUGCGUUAGACGAGUAUGAGGUUUCUUACAGCAAAGCAGAGGAAGACAGGUGGACAACGGUGUCUCGUCCUCGCGAGGACUUUAGCUAUCCCAUCACCCUUAACAACAGUGGUGACAUCACCGUUGCCGUGGCAGCACGGAACCCAGCUGGUCUCUCUCAGCCUUCUACUGUGACCGCACCAGUUUACAGAACAGAUUCUCAGCUGUCUGUUUCUGAGCUCUUGGGCACAGAUGGAGGAUUCGACGUGUCCUGGCAGCUUGAUGCCAAUGCGAGCAGAGGUUAUGUGGUGGAGUGGGUCCCCUCGGGCUGCAGUGGGCUUUGCCCUGUUCACUGGGAGAAAGUACCUGAAUCAAACGGCAGCAUCAGGGUGCAGUCAGUUUCCCUGGAGGCAGGAGUUCGGUACACAAUUUCUGUGUAUGUUCUCUCAGCUGGAGCGCCUGUACUGCUGCAGAGAUGGCACGGAUACACACAGGAGAUGAUUCCUUCACAGUCAGUCGGUGAUCUGUCAGCUAAUCAGUUGGGAUCUGAUGUGCUGUUGUCAUGGAAAGCCAUUGCAAUGGAACAGCAGAGAGGCUUCAUACGUGGAUACACAAUCUACCUGGCAAAUGCAGCCAGUCUGGAACUUAUUGGUAAUGUGUCCAAUCCUGAAGUAAAGUCAUACAGGGUGAGGGGUUUAUCUCUGGGGUCAUAUAAGUUUAUAGUGAAGGCCUACACAUCAGCUGGAGAGGACACAGGAUCUACUGUAGCCAUUAAACUGGAGAUGGACACUGACAUGUUGGUUGUUGGUAUUCUUGUGUCAUUGGGCGCCAUGUUCUGCUGUCUGAUCCUCAUCAGCAUCUUCUGCUACAAGAAGAGAGAGUGGGUAAAGAAAGCAUUCUAUCCUGAAAUUCCUGGACCUAAGGUACCUGGAGACUGGUCCUCUCCUCAGGGUCCCCUGGAUGUGAAGCCCUCUCCUCACAGUCUAGUUCACAUCGUUGAGAGUCCAGAGUGGGACUUCAGAAAGAAGGGUCUGGUUCCAGUGCCAGAGGAAGAGGAGGAGUCUGAGAAUGAAAACGUAGAGGUAGACACCGAUUCAGAUGAACCCGCCCUCCUGAGAUACUACAAUCAGGUGGUUGGUGACCGUUCGCACAGUAACCAUGUUUCAGACUCGUCUGGUUCUUCAACCACCUCGGUGGGCUCCACACAGACCGAAAUCACCUACACGGGCAUCCAGAGCCCGACCUCCUCACAGGUGACAAACGGUGCCGGAGGUUACAGACCACAGAUGCAGUCUGCUGCAGGUCCAGCUGAGCCACAACUCGGAUUUGAUCCAGACUUCCAAGAGGAGAGCAUGAAUAUGGGCUAUAAACCCCAGUGUUCCUGGCAGCUCGACUUUCCUGAUGCGGAAAACUUCAGCGGUUCACUUGGCAGCCCAACAUCUGUCACAUCAUCCCAGUUCCUUAUUCCAGAAUCUUCUGAGGAGAAACCGCAGCCUUCCAACACCUGGUUCCACAAUCUUCUCUCUGGAAAAUCUUGAGAACACACUACUUCAGCGUUCCACUUUGAUUCAUGAUGUUCACCUUUGAGGAUGUUUUUCGCUUUGGUCCUUACUGGAAAUCACUCACAAUUAUGUUAUCAAACAUCACUGCUGUUUGGGACUUGUGUUACUGACCAGAGAGGUGAAGUACUACUGAAGAGCUGGAGGGAGUUGUAUCUUCUGAUGCUCACUUGGAACAGUAUGAUGUUUACCCCUAGGGGGCACUGCCACAUCCGUUCAUACUAGUGUUCUUGUCUUGUAGCAACAGUAGCCUUAGACUUAUCCAGUGUUAUCGGAGUGGUCCCUGAAAAUCUACAUUCUUAUGGAAUCUCACCGUUCAUCGUUUCUUAAAUGUACUCACAUUUUUGGUAGCAGUUAAACUUGGGAGAUCAGAAAGUGUCAGAAAUUGAUGGACUCUCUCGCUCAUGUUUCGGCUAAAUUUGGCGGGAAAAGAUGGUGGCUGUGAAAAUGUAUUGUUUGAUCGAAAGCAGUGCAUUGAGGGUUUGUUCUCAAUGGCUGCACUACUUCCAUUCAUAUUUGAAAGUUGUUACGCAACUUAAGCUAAAAUCUCACCGUUAAUCAGUGUGUUUUACAUGUAACGAAAUGCUGACAGCUUGCAAAAAUCAGCUCAUUAUGAAAACCAGACAGGCAAACAUACCUCGUUUACAUGAGAUUUGAAAAUGAUCAGAUUUAUUUCCGGUCUUGAGUCUUGACGUCAAAACGUAAACAGUCAUGCGCACAUUAAAUAAGCUGUCAAAUGGGUUUUCCCCAAUAUAAGAACAUUGUUUGCGUGUUUACGUUACCUUAUAUGUGGUCGACUUGCAUGUUAAAGGAAUAUUCUAGGUUCAAUACAAGUUAAGCUCAAUCGACAGCAUUUGUGGCAUAAUGUUGAUUACCACAGAAAGUAUUGUAGACUCAUCCCUUGUUUAAAAAAAGAAGCACCAGAAAUCGUGGUUGCAGUGAAGCGCUUACAAUGGAAGUGAAUGGGGCCAGUCCAUAAACACUAAAAUACACCGUGUUUCAAAAGUAUAGCCACAAGAUGUAAACAUUAUACAUGUAAACAUAAUUUUAAUGAGAAAAAAUAUUUUUUUGUGUCAUAAAAUUGUUAAUAUGGUUUACCGUGUUGCAUCAUCACAGCAACCGAGUUGUAAUAUUGGGUAUAACUUUACAAAGAUAAGAUUAGUAAGCAGUUUUAUCACACUAAAAUCAUGUUAACAGGUAUAAUGUUUACAUCUCGUGGCUAUAGUUUUGAAACAAUGCGUAUUUAAACGUUUAUUGACUGGCCCCAUUCAUGGUCAUUGUAAGUUUCGUACUGUAACCACAAUUUUUGCUUUUUUUAAAUAAUUGAGUGACGAGUCGAAAACUUUCAUUCUGUGAAAGAUUGUGUUACUUCAUGAUUAAAUGCAGCUAGCUAGUUAUAAUCGAUGCUCAGUCAGUUCCAUGGGUAGAAAAUUACAUUUAUCUACAACAUUUUUCCAAAGGUCAGUAAUAUUUAACAAUGUCAUUAUCCAUACAAUCUGUAUAGCAUCUUGUUGGUUUUAUGAAUACAUCUUUGCAUUUCAUACUUGCAUAAAUCUGGAACUUGCUUCAAAUCUCACAGAUGCAUAGCACUUACCUGGAUAUGACAUUGGCAACCAUGUGCACCAGUAUACUUAGCCACAUGUCAAUGCGCAUUAUGUAGGAUAUAUAUUUGCUAAUUUUAGAGAUAUUAGUCUAGGAUUUCAGAAUGUGCUCCUCUGCUUGCUAUCAAGAAAUUUUCAAAGAGUUUAAAAUGACCACAGUGCCUCAGGAGCUUAAAUUGAUGUAAUAUCCAAAGAGCAGCACCUUUUACUAUAGCAGUCUCUCCAUUAUUGCUAUGGAUCGUGGGACCACUGUGUACCACAGGGUAAAUAACUUUAAAGGAAUAGUUCAUGUCGUUCCAAAACAGUUUGACUUGCUUUUUUCUGUAGAACACCUAAGUUGAUGUGAGGCAGAAUGUUCAAGUUGCUCUCUUCCACAGACAACGCAAGAAAGCUGCGCAAAAAUCUGUGCGUGCCAAUCGUUUGUUUAAAUCAUUUAUAACGUUACAUUGUUAAAAGUAAAACGCUUAAGGUGUUUUCAAGACCUUAUGCGUUGUCGGCUUAUUGAUAAGGAUGUGCACGGUUACCAUUUUAACAUUCGAUUAACCGUGAGAUUGUGACGUAGGAUAAAGAAUGUUUAUUGCAAUUGAAUUUCCUCAAACGUUACUCAAAAUAACAGCAAAUAAAGUGCACAGUGAGCUAUAAGCCUAAAUAGUACAAUACAUAGAUCCUCCAGUGAUAAAAUCUCACAAAUACAUUUCUUCAAACAAAAAUAAUCAAACUUUCAAGCCUGUAUUGGUUGGACUGCGCUCUGCUUGGGCAUGUUCACAUUUCUGUGAUGCAGAAAAGCCUCAUUGGGGUGCUUUGAUUUUUAAAUGUUUUCAAAUCAAAUGGCAUUGAACUUGUCUAAUUAUUAAAUAUGCACACCAGAGCAAAAGGGGAAAACACUGUCUUACUGUUUAUCAAGCGCUGAAACUUUGCACGGCGAAAACAACCUGGAAUCAUGUUUAAUUGUGUAACAGUCACAUUAAGUCCUCUUUGCAACCUGAACUUCUUCAGAACGCAGCACAACCAAUGAAACACAAUGCAGGUAUUUCGAGAUUUUUAACUUUACUUGGUGUCUAAAAAUGCGGCGAUCUUACAUGAGACGCUGAAAGAAAAAACAGCGAGAUUCAGCCAGUGCAACAGUCAAAAGUGUCCGUCCGACAUGUGUUAACAGCAAGGGCGUACAUUUGGCUUGAACAUUGGGGGGGUUACAGUGUGAAGAAUUUACAUGUUUCCAUUGAUCAUUGUAUAAAUAUGCGGGGGGGGGUUGUACUUUCUUGUUUUGAUUAUUGGGUGGUUACCCCCCCCCCCAUCCCCCCUAGAAUCUACGCCCCUGGUUAACAGUAUAUAGAAAAACAGCACAGACCCACACAAAAGCAUGUUUGAACAGCCCCUAACUCACCCUAUACUUGAAUAACUGACCCAAAACCGGCCGGAAAACCAGACGCUUUUAUCGGAGCUUGACGAGGUCGGGUUAAAGACCUCUAUUGCACGUGCAGAAUAACCGAAUAAUGGUUAACCGAAUGUCGACUAUCCGUGCACAUCCCUACUUAUUAAGCCAAAUCGAUGUAAGAUCAUGUUUCUUGCAUUGAAAAGCUAGUUCAACAGCUGUGGUCAUCAUUCACUUUCAUUGAAUGGAAAUGAGCUACUUCGACAUUGUUAUAAAUAAAUCCUUUUGCGGAAGAAAGAAAGUCAUAGGAGUUUCGAAUGAUAUAAGGUUGAGUAAAUUAUGACAGAAUUUUCAUUUUCUGGUGGAAUUUUUGUUUAACUGGCCUCAGCGACAUCAUCAACAACCUGCUUUUCCCAGAACUUAAUCUAACAUCCAAGUAUUUGAGAGUUAUGUGUAACAUUACUGUGAAGGCCUUUACCUGAACACUGUGUAAAUCUCCUGUCACUUUGUGCUGUCACAGUGAGAACAGUCAGAAUAACACAUACGUCACAACGGGACAAUAUAGCGUCUGAGUUUGCGCACGCUACGCUGAGCCUGAAUGGUUGACUUCAGCAUGGAAUCAAAAUGAACCCGACUUGGGUCAAUUUUGACUUUAGAGACUUUAAAGACUGUUAAACUGAGAACGUGUCUGUUUUGCAUUUGAUUGAAAGGGCAUUAGAUGAACAUUAUUAGGACUGAAUUUGGGUGAUAUUGUGGGAUAGGUCGGCAUCUAUAAGCGUGUUGCUAAAGCUUUAAACACUACUGUGAAAAACUUUUAAUAAUGAACACCUACUAAUGUUUAUUUUUCUUUUUUUAUGAAUGUGAAAUGCAUAAAUAUAUGUAUGUUAUGUUUUUAAGGCCACACUUAUUAUCAUUAGCUCAGCUUUAGCUAGAUUUCCUAGCCCAGAUGAGUCAUUUAUUAGCUAUGAAAAUGGAUAAGUAGCUUAUUUUAUAUCAUUUACACUCUGGUGGCAGGGUGUAAGUGUCAAAAUCAUCUCAAAAGGCUACUUUCUUCUUACUAGAGUGGUAAUCAGAUUUUUCUAAAUGUUUCUGAGCAGUGUGAACACAGAGAACUGUUCAGAUUUGAGCGACUUCUGUGUGUGAUUUAGAUCACAUGGGAUACCACACUACAAAGCAUGUAAUCCAUUGUAUAUAAGCUUUUCUCUUGUGCGUGAAUAUCAUCAGAUGUGAAUAUUGCAUCCAAGUAAAUAUCAAUUAAUAUUACAUUAAUAUUAUCGCCUUUGUAUGCAUGGCAGAUUCCACAUUGUGUUUUCAGUGUUUAGAGAGAGAAGAAAUUAGCUAGUAAAGAGGAAUAAAGGAUAAUCAAAUUAGAAACACUAUACAAGUGUGUGUGUGUGUGUGUGUGUGUGUGUGUGUGUGUAAACACAUGUGUAGGACAUUUUAAAGAUGUAUCCAGGCAUCUGGGCUCUUAAUACUAUGCUAAUACACUAACAGAAUCAUACUGUCUGUAGUAUUAUAGACAAUAAAGCAAAUAA